GAACCCGGGAAACUCUUUCUCAUUUCCAUUCUCUCCCCAAAAGAAAUCCCCAAAAUCAUCGUCUCCCUCGAGGCGCCCCUCGAUUUUAGCCUUUCGCGGCGGUGCCGCCGGCGAUGGGGAGGCGAAACACCAUCGUGAUUUCCUCAUCGGACGACGAAGAUUACGAGCCUUCUUCGAGAAUGAAACGGAGCUACGAGAAGCCGAAAUUGAGGUCCUCGGUUACUCGUACGAACCCUAGUCGAGCCAAGAAGCCUCGACUCUCUCGUUUAAGUAGAGAAUCUAGCAAUGUAGAUGAGAUGAGAUUGGCUUUUGAAGAUUUUGAUGAAGUUUUGAACGGGUUCAAGGUAUCUGCUGGGUAUAGGAGGAGCAAUUCAAAGGAAUUGUGGGUUGAUAAAUACAAGCCUCGUUCUAUGGAAGAGCUUGCUGUUCACAAGAAGAAGGUUGAAGAAGUUAAGUCAUGGUUUGAGGAAAGAUUGAGGACUCCAAAGGGCGAAAUUGGUAGCUCUGUUCUCAUCAUCAGCGGGCAAGCUGGGGUUGGAAAAUCUGCAACUGUCCGUCUGAUUGCAUCUCAGAUUGGGGCUCAAUUAUGUGAAUGGAACACACCUACUCCCACAAUUUGGCAAGAACAUGUUCAUAACUUGAGUGCAGGUAUUUCAGGGAUAAAUUACACUUCUAAGUUGGAUGAGUUUGAAAGUUUUGUUGAAAGAGUGAGGAAGUAUGGAUUGAUCUCUUCAUCUUUCAAUGGGAAAUCAGAGUCUUCAAUUAUCCUGGUGAUUGAUGAUCUUCCUGUAACUAAUGGAAGAGCAGCUUUUGAAAGACUUCGAAGGUGCUUGGUUCUUCUCGUGAGAUCAACAUGGGUACCAACAGCAAUAUUGAUAACUGACUAUGGUGAUGCAGAUUCACCAGGCUUAAUCGCAAGAUGGUUGGAAGAACUACAAUCAUCACUUGAGAGUGCCGGUGCUAGGAAGGUUUCUUUUAAUCCUAUAACAAAUAAUUCUAUUAAGAAAAUACUCUCUAGAAUAUGCAGACAGGAGCACUGCAAUGUUGCAGCUGAAGAUAUUGAUCUGAUAGCAAAAGCAAGUGGUGGUGACAUCAGACAUGCAAUUACAUCUUUACAGCUCUACUGUCUGAAACCAGACGUGGAAUAUGAUUUACCUGCAUCUAAUUCUAUUCUCAGUUACCCAAAAGAAAAUGCAAAUGAGCUCAAUGCUUUCAAUGGUGGAUUUUCUUCACAAUAUGGCAGAGACGAGACAUUGACGCUUUUUCAUGCACUAGGAAAAUUCUUGCAUAACAAAAGAGAGACAGAAAAUGUAGCUGGAUUGGACCAAAAUGCAUUUUGUGUAGGGGAGAAAUUCUCGAGACUUCCAUUUAAAAUGGAUUCUCCAGAAAAGAUACUCUGCCAAGCACAUGGGCAAUCGAGGCCCAUAACCGAUUUUCUUCAUGAAAAUGUUCUAGAUUUUCUGAGUGAUGAAGCAAUGGAUGAUGCUUGGGCUGUGGCUUCAUAUCUUGGUGAUGCUGACUUGCUUCUUGCUUCUUUUCGAGGAAUGUUAGCAAAGCAUAGUGAGACAGAGAAUGUUCUACAGUCAGCUGCUGCUUCAGUUGCAGUCCGUGGUGUUCUAUAUGGCAAUUUUCAUCCAUCACCUUCGAGAUGGCAUGCUAUUCGCAAACCAAAGCUUUGGCAGAUAGAGCAAUCAUUAUCUCACAAUCAGGAUGAGAUGCUGAGGCAGAGGUUUAUCGUGUAUGGUGGAUCAAGCUUAUCUGAAGUGUCAUCUAUAGCUACAGAGUACACACCCGCCCUAAAAUGGCUUGGUUACAGAACAUCUGGAGGUCUUGAAACUCGUGACUCGGACAAUGACAGCUCUCAGAGAAUGAGUAUAGAUGAACAGGAAAGUGAAAUUUCUGAUGAUGAUAUAGAAGAUUGGUCAUAGAUACUACUCUGCUCAUUGCUCAAGGAAGAGGCCUUUUUCCAGAUUAACUGUUCAUUGUAAAAGAAUGGCCUAGUCCAAUUUUUUUCCUUAAUUUUUUAUAUCUAACUGAAACAUAUGUAAUUUUUUUUCCUUCUGUAAAUAUAUUUUUCUGACUGAUAGUGAUACUCUGAAGUGGUGUAUAGCUUACCCAAAAAACAAACCAAACACAGCCUUACAGAAAUAGCAGAACCGGGGCCGAGAGGGGUAAUGUUGCAAAUAUAGGGAAACCGGGGGGCAUUUUGACCUGGUCAUAAAAACACGAAGCGAAAGAAAAAGAGAGAGGGAGAGAGUCCUGUUUGGGUAGGGUAGUCCUUUGAUUUAAUUCGGAAUUAAAUUCCCUCAGCUCCUAAAAUCAAGAGCGAUGGACAAUUACUGGAUAACGAUUUCAAGAAGGGUUCCGCCGUGAUCUCUUUGAUCAGUCUUACUCGGAAUUUCCCCAAAGGUGAACCCCCUCUCUAACCGACUGCAGUGUUGUGUGAAAGAGCUUUUUUCUUUUUAACUUCAAUUUCUCUCACAUUAAGAUUCUCUGAUCGUUUCUUUCCUAAGGUAAUCGUAUCAGAGAGUGAACUUGCUUUCUAGAGGUUGUUUUCAAGUCUUUGAUUUUAUAGCAUUUUGAGUUCAAGACUCCUUAAGACCCUGUUUGGCGGCCGGUAUUUCUUGUUUCGGACAGAAAAUGAAAUAUGUUAGUGUGUUGUUACACAGAUUAGUUGCUUAUUGUUGAUUAAAG